GUAAACACUAUAAAGUGAAAGGAAAAAAAAAAGGGAAAAAAGGUAAAAGUCUCUAGCCACCACCUCAGCCAUGGACGGACGGUCCCUCUGCUCCGCCACUCCUCUCAUCCACCAUGACCACCGCAAUACUUGGUGGCGACGCCACUUGCAACUUAAAAACAGCCUCUCAUCUGAACUCUCCGGGGCAGUUGGGGACUUGGGAACUUUCAUCCCAAUAGUCCUGACCCUAACUCUGGUGUCCAACCUUGACCUCUCUACCACCCUUAUCUUCACAGCCUUUUACAACAUCUCCACCGGGCUACUCUUUGGUAUCCCCAUGCCCGUCCAGCCCAUGAAGUCCAUCGCAGCCGUGGCAGUCUCUGAGACCCCUCACCUAACCCCCUCCCAGAUCGCCACUGCAGGUGCCUCCACCGCCGCAACUCUUUUAAUCCUCGGCGCUUCCGGUCUCAUGUCCACCCUCUACCGUAUCCUCCCCCUCUCCGUCGUCCGCGGCGUCCAGCUCUCACAGGGCCUCUCCUUCGCCUUCUCCGCCAUUAAAUACAUCCGCUACAACCAAGACUUCAUCACCUCGAAAUCUACCUCCGCCCGUUCCUGGCUCGGCCUUGAUGGGCUUAUUAUUGCCCUUUCUUCGAUCUUAUUUCUCGUACUCUCCACCGGCACCGGUGAAACCCAUGGCCAUAACGCUCUAUCCCGUUCCCAGGAUCCCGUAAUCGAUGACGAUAACGAUCCUCGGAGCAGGGGAUCUCGCAGUUCCUGUGUGAAUAAGAGAUUAAGAAUCUUGAAUUCAAUUCCUGCUGCGUUGAUUGUAUUUCUGCUUGGGUUGAUUCUCUGUUUUAUUCGCGACCCUUCAAUCGUUAAGGAUCUUAAAUUCGGUCCAUCGAAGAUAACAUUACUGAAAAUCACUUGGGAAGACUGGAAAAUCGGGUUUCUCAGAGCCGCGAUUCCUCAGAUCCCAUUAUCGGUACUGAACUCUGUGAUUGCCGUCUGCAAAUUAUCCGGCGACUUGUUCCCGGACCGGGAACUAUCCGCAGCGAAAGUCUCCGUGAGCGUCGGGAUCAUGAAUCUGAUCGGGUGUUGGUUCGGGGCGAUGCCAGUGUGCCACGGCGCGGGGGGUCUCGCAGGGCAGUACAGGUUCGGAGCGAGGAGUGGCUGGUCGGUGGUGUUUUUAGGGGCAGGGAAAUUGGUGAUCGGAUUGCUGUUUGGGAACUCUUUCGUGAGGAUACUGAGUCAGUUUCCGAUCGGAAUUCUUGGGGUGCUUCUGUUGUUCGCCGGAAUCGAGCUGGCGAUGGCGUCGAGGGACAUGAACUCCAAGGAGGAGUCGUUCGUGAUGUUGGUGUGCGCUGCUGUUUCGUUAACUGGGUCGAGUGCUGCAUUGGGCUUUGGGUGUGGGAUUUUGCUGUUUUUGUUGCUGAAAUUGAGGAAGAUGGACUACUCCACGCCUUCAUUUCUUAAGCUCAAAUCUUCUGUCGAUGAUGAACUAAGCUCAAUUCCCUAGACCUUAACUAGUCUAGACUACAGAAGGCGAUGGACAAAUUCAUUGCGUAAGUGGGAAGCACGAAGUAAUAUGAUGGAAUGUCCCAAUGUGAUGGUGAAGAUGAGCUCUUUGACUCAAGCUUGAGGCGAGCUACUCCUUGCCUCACUUAUGUAAGUUUAUCUUUAAGGGUUGAAUUUAAGCUCACCUAGAUAUUUUUAAGCUCAGAUUAGACGCUUUUGGGUUUAAUAAAAGUUUAAGCUCUUCGUCAUUUUAACUUCAAACUCGAUUUGGAGUAUUGUGGACUAGGCUCUGCUCGUUUGCUCCUAAUUAAUUAAGAGUGGAGACCUAUUUCAUUAUUUGU